AUGCGAACCCGCAACAACAAUGCGCAACACAAUAACACAAAACAACAACGAGUCGUUGUUGAGUCCUUGCUUCCUUCUAUUCAAGCGAGACCGUCGAGCCUUGUACCAUUAUGGACUUUAUUGCGGACGAACCUCGUACAAACUACCCUGUUCAAGGAGCAGAAGAAAUUGAAGUUGGUGGGGGCUCACUUUGAAUCUAUCUCUACUUCCAUCCAUCAUGAUGUGGAGGCAUUCUUGGACUCCCUUCUCCAAGAAGACCGUCAACCACGUUUCAUCAGGAGAGAACGUAUCAGGAUCACAAACUUGAUGAUGGACAACUUCGAUCUCAUGCCCUCACCCGUCCUUUCAAAGCUCACCAGUCGCCAAAAACAGAGUCUUUUGCAAUUGUUUUUUCAAGUAAACAAUGAAAUUCUUGAUGCACACAUGGCAUGGGCAAACUUUUGUUUCUCUAAACUAGACGAGGUAUUCGGGGACAACUCUGAGGGUGAGUUGCCACGUGCAAUAAUGGAUAGAAGUUUAUUUGAUGGCCAUAUAGCCGUGGUCCACAUCUGGUUGUGUUCAAUGCGCCGUCAAUACCAUGUAAAAACUGUGCGUGCUGGACCUUCUGGCUCUUCUUCAAGUCUGGAGACAAAUAAUGCUCGCCAGUUGAUCCCUUUCUGGCUUCAACGCUUGAACUCAUUCAGUGGUAGAUUGGCCCGCGGUAUGAUCUUCGAUUUGGCAGCACUCCCAACAUUCGAAUUCACGAACGAUAUCAAUGUUGUCGUCGAAUAUUGUCUUCUCCCAACUGUCGCAAGUUUCGCUCCCAUUGGGAAUGUUAAGCUUGUUGCGCCCGGUUUCGAAUACCGUGAACCACGUUCAAAUAGACUGGUAGUGUAUUCUUGGGACGAUAUUUCGGAUCGCCAGAAGAUGAUCUUGUGGCUCGCUGACAUCUUGGAACUGUCAGGAACUUCGUCGAGGGAUCCUGGAGUCAAAAUUCCUUCCCCAUUUUUUCGACUUGCUUCGAAAGGGAGACCAAGAUUGGAUCGAGACGAUCAUCUCUCACAAAUCCUGCUUGCCAUUUCGUCUGAAUUGGAUUUCGAUGACGUUGUCCGAGUUGUUACUGCCCUGGAAAAUACCUACUACCGUUGCAACAGUGAUCAAAAGGGUAGAAUGGAAAAGCGCGGCUGUGGUAUUUCCCUGAAAACAGUUCAUGAUUCCGUGGGAUCCGUACAUGGGGUUUACUACCAUAUUGUUGUAAAGUACUGCCCCGUACCUCCUCCUCGAUUCUCCGUCACAGGAGAAAAAGUCGUACCUCAGUUUGCCGAAGCGAAGUCAAAAGACUGGGACGACGUGUAG